AUGGAUGUGAGGCGUGUCAAGGACUAUAUCUACUGGCUGUACUACCAGUACCUCCUGAUCACCUGCAGCUAUGUGCUGGAGCCUUGGGAGCAGUCCAUGUUCCACACCAUCACUGUGACUGUCUUUGCCAUGGUGGUGUACACAGCUUAUGUCUUCGUCCCCAUCCACGUCCGCCUGGCGCUGGAGUUCUUCUCCCAGAUAUUUGGGGGUCAGCCUGAAAGCACAGUUUCCAUCCUGAACUGA